CAGGGUUGAUGGUAGCAUUCACCAUGAUACCAGCAUUCACGAGGAGAAGUGAGAGUGUGGUGGGAGUUGCUUUCCCAAGCUCCUCAGGGAAGGUUGGGCGCACACCAUUUUACCUGGCUGCGCCUGUCCUGGCCACGCCGAGCUGAGAAGUGACACAGUUGACUGUAUUCUGCCUCACCCUGUGGCUUGUUUGUGCUACGAUCCAAGCCAAGCCACUAAUAACAGCAGCACUCAAUUCAUCCUCACUCCGUCAGUAACUUAGAUAACCUAGAUCCUAACCUAGAAUUACGAGACAAAGCAUAUUUCAGGAAUCCUGUGAAACGUAUAAACAUUUUGUAAAGCAUUGCAUUAGAAUGGGCAGCGUUCUUUAAAAAUAGAUGGCACCUCUGGAUAAAAGCAGGAAACUAGAGCAAAGUUAUAUAUUGCAUUGCACACAGAAUAAACAUUUUUCAGAAAAGGAAGUGGGAGAUGCCCUUUUCAAUUGAACUAUGAUUGCGUUGUUAAAAACUUUGUAAAAGCCUAUAUAGUAAAAUACUGUGUUAAAAUACAGUGCAGCAUAUAAAGGCAGUAGACAGGAAGGAUCAGUUGAAAAAAAUUGAAUUUGCCAGUAUUUUUACAUCUAUGUAGGGGCUGUUGUGUUAUGUGUUCUGUAUAUUAGAAUGUCAACAACGUCACAUUUAUGGAUAACAGUGUAAAAAAGAACUUUUUUCAUAGCAAAUUUAGUAUUUUGCUUACUAAUUAUUGUUUAUGUUACUAUAACUUAGCAGGCAUUUGCUGUUAAUCACUCAGACUAGGGCUGUGCUACUUCUGUUUUUUAUAGUCUGUUAGAUUAUUAUGAGUAUAAAAGUGCUAAGAAGCAGGGUAGUAUUGCCUUUCUCUGUGUAUACAUCUGUGUGAGAGUUGACAAACUUGUUUCCAAAGUUGUUGAAAAGUGAGUGACUGGAUGCUUUACUUCACAACGUACUGAAUUUAGAUGGUUCUGAAAAACUGAACGGGAAAACAGUCUGCACUGUGACUGGGGGAAGAACUUGUCUCCAUCAGCAUCCAAGCUUAAACACCAGUCUUUUUAUCUUUUGUGUAGAAGUAUAACUAGAAUACUGUGACUGCAUGACAGUAAUACUGCUAUGAAAUGCUUAUAUUUGGGUGAGAUGAACCUACUGAAGCAUGUCUGCUAGGCAAAAAAACAUGUAAGUCACAUGAAAGGGGUAGAAAAAGAGAUUAUUAUCAUAAAUAAAGCAUUUUGGUUCAUGAAAAUUUAAAGUCAUGGCUCAGGUGAGGUGACAGCUCUGUAGACCCUAAACAAAUUAAGUUCUCUUAAGGAAAUGAUUUAUUAGGUGGUAUGGCACUUUCCAUGAGGGAAAAAAACAUAAUGUGGCAGAGAUUUAUUUGGACUCUGAACAGCCCAAAGACUGAGUAAAGCCUGAUGGUACCCUUAUUUUGUUCGGAGAGGUUACUAUCCCCUAGGCCAGCCUUGGGGUUUGUUGGAGCUCUCCUUGUUAGAAGCAAUACAUUAGAUAGCAGUGUUCUGUUGUUUAAGCUGUCAGAUACGAGAAAGGCAUUAGGGACAACUCAGGUAAAUGUUCAGCCUUGUCUGUAGGACUAGCAGUGAUCGCAACCAAGGGUAAGGACAAUUUUAGUUAUUAUUUUAGUUGGCCCAGGUGCAGCCAGAUGGGAUUGUGUAGUUCGAUGUUCAGUGCUAAACUGCCUGUGCGUCUAAACAAAGAAGGCAUUCAGGUUUAUGGCAUACACCAUGGCGGAUCUGUGCUGGAAGCUGUCCGUCUGCUUUUUUUGCUAUCAAGUGGUCUCAGGAAGGGUUAAGAAGGAGGGGCAUUACAUCGCUGCAGUGUAUGAACAUGAGUCCAUGCUGAGUCCUAACCCGACAGCCCUGGUUGAUCGACAGUCUGCUCUGGAACUCAUGGGCAGAAACCUGGACAUCUAUGAGCAGCAAGUAGUGGCUGCUGCAAGACAGGGGGCACAGAUCAUUGUUUUUCCUGAAGAUGGAAUCCAUGGCUUCAACUUCACCAGAAGCUCCAUUUAUCCUUACUUAGAUUUCGUUCUGCAUUCACACUUCGUGAAGUGGAAUCCAUGCAGAGAGCCAUAUUUGUUCAAUGACACAGAGGUUCUUCAGCGUCUGAGCUGCAUGGCACUGAAGAACAAAAUAUUCCUUGUGGCAAACUUAGGAACUAAGCAACCCUGUGAGCACACUGAUCCUCACUGUCCAUCUGAUGGCAGAUACCAGUUCAAUACCAACGUGGCGUUCAGUGAUGACGGUGUGCUGGUAGCCACGUAUCGCAAACACAAUCUGUAUUUUGAAUACGCUUUUGAUACCCCUCCAGAGCCUGACUAUACACUCUUUGAUACCCCUUUUGCUGGCAAGUUUGGUAUGUUCACUUGCUUUGAUAUACUCUUUUUUGAGCCUGCAGUGAACCUCAUCCGACAAUACAAAGUGAAACAAGUUGUAUAUCCUACUGCCUGGAUGAACCAGCUCCCACUCCUGUCUGCUGUAGAAUUUCAACAGGCUUUUGCAACAGCUUUCAACGUCAAUAUUUUAGCAGCCAAUAUCCACCACCCUACCUUGGGCAUGACAGGGAGUGGCAUAUACACUCCAGUCAAAUCAUUCAUCUACCACAACAUGGAAAGUUAUGGUGGCAAGCUCAUAGUAGCAGAAAUACCUGUGACCACAGACUAUGAAACCCAUUCGGAGAGUAAUGAAAGAUUCAGAGAGGACUUACAUCAGUCAUGCCAGACUUUUACAAGCACCUCACCAGCUGAUCAGGUUUGCUUUAAGGAGGGAGAAGAGAGCCCUGGCAGAGUGUCAGAAAAAGGAAACAAACAGUUACCUCCCAUAUUUUAUGCAGAAAUGAUGUAUGACAACUUUACUUUUGUUCCUGUAUGGGAGGAAAAAGGAGAGCUCCAGGUUUGUGCCAAUACCCUAUGUUGUUACUUAAAUUAUCAGAGAGCUGUUUCCACUGAUGAGUUCUAUGCUUUGGGAGUGUUUGAUGGGCUCCAUACAGUGCACGGCACAUACUAUGUCCAGGCCUGCACAUUAGUAAAGUGUGGCGGGCUCAGCUUUAGCACUUGUGGGCAGGAGGUUACAGAUGCCACUGCUCUGAUAGAUUUCCAGCUAUGGGGAAAUAUGAGCACCCCUUAUAUCUUUCCCUUACUGCUGACAUCUGGUGUUACCUUGGACUUUGCUGAUCACAUGGGCUGGAAAAACAACCAUUAUUUCAUAAGCAAAAAUAGAACAUCAUCUGGCCUACUGACAGCUGCUCUGUACGGACGAUGGUAUGAAAAGGACUAGCACAGAUACUUGAAUGAAUCAGAAAACAACUGCCCAUAUGUUCAGAGUACACAUCUUAACGUAAGUUGUUGAACAUCUGUACUUCAUAGAGCUUCAGGUGUGUUUGUUACAUGACUGACUGAUUAGAUUCCAUGUUUGAAAUGAUAAGCGAAGCACUUAACCUGAGAGGCUGUAUGUACCUUGGUAGCUUAUGUCCUACCAGAAGUAAAAGAACUGCCUUGCAAAGAUAAA